AUAGAGACCUGCAAGCCGCCUGCUAAAAAUACCCGGCCCGGGCAGCCAUAAAAGCCGCGCGGGCCCCGCCGCCCCGCACUUCCCCGAGCCGCCCGCCGCACGGAGCCAGCAUGGCCGAGCGCCGCGUGCCUUUCUCGCUGCUGCGCAGCCCCAGCUGGGACCCCUUCCGCGACUGGUACCCGGUCCACAGCCGCCUCUUCGACCAGGCCUUCGGGAUGCCCCGGCUGCCCGAGGAGUGGUCGCAGUGGUUCGGCCACAGCGGCUGGCCGGGCUACGUGCGGCCGCUGCCCGGGGCGGCCAUCGAGGGCCCCGCGGCGACCGGGCCGGCGCCCGCCUACAGCCGCGCGCUCGGCCGGCAGCUCAGCAGCGGCGUCUCGGAGAUCCGGCACACGGCCGACCGCUGGCGGGUGUCCCUGGACGUCAACCACUUCGCCCCCGAGGAGCUGACGGUCAAGACCAAGGACGGCGUCGUGGAGAUCACGGGCAAGCACGAAGAGAGGCAGGACGAGCAUGGCUACAUCUCGCGGUGCUUCACCCGCAAAUACUCGCUGCCCCCCGGUGUGGACCCUACCCAGGUCUCCUCCUCCCUGUCUCCUGAGGGCACACUCACCGUGGAGGCCCCGAUGCCCAAGCCGGCCAUCCAGUCUGCGGAGAUCACCAUCCCGGUGACCUUCGAGGCGCGUGCCCAGCUCGGGGGCCCAGAAGCCGGGAAGUCGGAGCAGCCUGGAACCAACUAGAGCCUUGGCCCUGCUGCCCAGCCCCCAACCCCACCCAUCAACCUUUCCUGGCCAUCCCUGCCCACCCACCUGGAUGCUCUUUUGAUACGUUUUCCUUCUGUUUAAAAUAAAGUUGGGAGAACUGCCCA